AUGUCGAAAAAAUUAGUAACACCAAAACAGGAACCCAUCGGUCCUGAUGCGGUUCGCGAUAUGAUGAUUGCAGCUCAAAAGCAAAUAAAAGAUCGGCAACAAGAAAUAAAUUUUACUGCACCACCAACAGCUGCUCAACAACGCUUAGCUGAACUCAGAGGACGAAUAGCAAAUCAAUUGGGAAACCUUAUUCCAUCACAGAUCGAAGAUCGAGAUCGGCCAGUACAUGUUACGAUUGACAAAGAAGGUCGUACCAUUGAUUCUAUGACAGGUGAAGUUUUACAAUUGCCAAGUCGUGUUCCAACAUUGAAGGCUAAUCUUCGAGUACAAAAAAAAGAUGUUAUUAAGCAAGAAACUCCGAAAUCUAAACUAGCUAAAGAAGCUGUUAUUGAACAUCCGGGACUCGAUGCAUCAGCAGUACAUUUUGAUGCUCGUAUUGGAACUCAUGCAGCUUCACGUAAUAGUCGUCCGCUAGUAUUUAAUAAAAAAGGCAAAUAUGAAGAAAUUGCAAAUCGACAACGUGCAAAAGCUAAAUUAGAAAGAUUACAACAAGAAAUAUCACAAAUAGCCAAACGAACUGGUAUUGCAGUAGAAAAUCAAGUUACAAUAAUUCAACCAAAAAAAUUUUUCUCUGAACUUCAUGUUCCUGAUGUUGAAUGGUGGGACUAUGUAAUAAUUCAACAGAAUAACUAUUCAACAAUAACUCCAGAUGCUAAUAUUCCACCUAUGCUUACUGGUAUUACGCGACUUAUUGAACAUCCAAUUCAACUGAAGCCACCGUUUGAAGCAAAUAAACCGGUUUUGUUACCGAUACAUUUAACUAAACAUGAACAACGUAAAUUACGACGUCAAAAUCGUUCUGAAGUACUCAAAGAACAACAAGAAAAAAUUCGCCUUGGAUUAAUGCCUCCACCGGAACCAAAAGUGAAAAUUUCAAAUUUGAUGCGUGUCUUAUGUUCUGAUGCGGUUCAAGACCCAACAAAAAUUGAACAAUAUGUUCUAAAUCAAAUGGCACAACGUAUCAAAAAUCACGAAGCAACCAAUGCUGCCAGAAAAUUAUCUGCUGAACAACGUCGUGAAAAGAAAACAAAACGGACAACCGAAGAUACAACAACGGGUGUUCAUGCUUCGGUCUAUCGUGUUCGUCAUUUAGAAGAUGCAGCUAAACGAUUUAAAGUUGAAACUAAUUGCAAACAGCUGCAUAUGACUGGUUGUGUUGUUCUUUGUAAAGACAUAAACAUCAUUGUAGUUGAAGGAGGGCCAAAACAGCAGAAGAAAUUUCGUCGUCUAAUGCUUAAUCGAAUAAAAUGGAAUUCAACAGGCAAAAAUCAAAGCCAUAUGGAAGAUGAUGGAAAUGACGAGCAGGAUAAAGAACAAAAUAAAUGUGUACUUCUUUGGCAGGGUACAGUAAAAGAACGUUCAUUUGGUGAAAUUAAAUUUAAAUCAUGUCCAACAGAAAAUUUUGCACGAGAACAUUUUCGUCGUCAUGGUGUAGAGCAUUAUUGGGAUAUUGGACACAAUGAUUCAGUGCUUGAUGCAUCUACUUAUUGA